UCCGUGCCCGCGGCCGUGCCCGCGCGGCGGCGGCCCCAGCCCCAGCCCCUAAACGGGGGGGCCUCGGCUCGGCGGGGCGACUCGGCUCGGCUCGGCUGAGCCCGGUUCGGCUCUCGGCUGAGCCCGGCUCGGUUCGGCUCGGCUCGGCCCGGCUCCGCUCCCCCGCCGCCUCCAUGGAGCGCCGGCCGCGCCGCCUCUGAUGCCCGGCCCGGCGCGCACCAUGGGGCCGCUGUGGCUCUGCUGCCUGCCCCUCGCCCUCCUGCCGCUGCUCGCCGCCGUGGAAGAGACACUGAUGGACUCCACGACGGCAACGGCAGAGCUGGGCUGGACGGUGCAUCCUCCCUCAGGGUGGGAAGAGGUAAGCGGGUACGACGAGAACAUGAACACGAUUCGCACCUACCAGGUGUGCAACGUCUUUGAGUCCAGCCAGAACAACUGGCUCCGCACCAAGUACAUCCGGCGGCGCGGAGCCCAUCGCAUCCACGUGGAGAUGAAGUUCUCCGUGCGGGACUGCAGCAGCAUCCCUAACGUCCCAGGCUCCUGCAAGGAGACUUUUAACCUCUACUAUUUCGAGUCGGACUUUGACUCGGCCACCAAGACUUUUCCUAACUGGAUGGAGAACCCUUGGAUGAAGGUGGACACGAUUGCCGCCGACGAGAGCUUCUCGCAGGUGGACCUGGGCGGCCGGGUGAUGAAGAUUAACACCGAGGUGCGCAGUUUUGGGCCUGUCUCCAAGAAUGGUUUCUACCUGGCCUUCCAGGACUACGGAGGCUGCAUGUCCUUGAUCGCCGUCCGCGUCUUCUACCGCAAGUGUCCCCGUGUGAUCCAGAACGGGGCCGUCUUCCAAGAAACCCUCUCAGGAGCUGAGAGCACCUCGCUGGUGGCAGCCCGUGGGACGUGCAUCCCCAACGCGGAGGAGGUGGACGUGCCCAUCAAGCUGUACUGCAACGGGGACGGGGAGUGGCUGGUGCCCAUCGGCCGCUGCAUGUGCCGGGCGGGCUACGAGUCGGUGGAAAACGGGACCAUCUGCAGAGGUUGCCCAUCAGGGAUGUUCAAGGCCAGCCAAGGGGAUGAAGGAUGUGUCCACUGCCCCAUCAACAGCCGGACGACUUCAGAAGGGGCCACCAACUGUGUGUGCAGAAAUGGAUAUUACCGGGCAGAUGCUGACCCUGUCGACAUGCCCUGCACCACCAUCCCCUCUGCCCCCCAGGCCGUCAUCUCCAGCGUGAACGAGACCUCCCUGAUGCUGGAGUGGAGCCCACCGCGGGACUCGGGGGGCCGGGAGGACCUGGUCUACAACAUCAUCUGCAAGAGCUGCGGCUCGGGGCGCGGCGCCUGCACCCGCUGCGGGGACAACGUCCAGUUCGCCCCCCGCCAGCUGGGCCUGACCGAGCCCCGCAUCUACAUCAGCGACCUGCUGGCCCACACCCAGUACACCUUCGAGAUCCAGGCCGUCAACGGGGUCACCGACCAGAGCCCCUUCUCCCCACAGUUUGCCUCGGUGAACAUCACCACCAACCAGGCGGCUCCUUCAGCAGUGUCCAUCAUGCACCAGGUCAGCCGCACUGUGGACAGCAUCACCCUCACGUGGUCCCAGCCUGACCAGCCCAACGGAGUCAUCCUGGAUUAUGAGCUGCAAUAUUAUGAGAAGGAACUGAGCGAAUUAAAUUCCACCACAGUGAAGAGCCCCACCAACACCGUGGCAGUGCAGAACCUCAAAGCUGGCACCAUCUACGUGUUCCAGGUGCGGGCCCGCACGGUGGCCGGGUACGGCCGGUACAGCGGCAAGAUGUACUUCCAGACCAUGACUGAAGCCGAGUACCAGACCAGUGUCCAGGAGAAGCUGCCACUCAUCAUUGGCUCCUCAGCAGCAGGGCUGGUGUUCCUCAUCGCCGUGGUGGUCAUCAUUAUUGUCUGCAACAGAAGACGGGGCUUUGAGCGCGCUGACUCGGAGUACACGGACAAGCUGCAGCACUACACCAGCGGCCACAUGACUCCAGGGAUGAAGAUUUACAUCGAUCCCUUCACCUAUGAAGAUCCCAAUGAGGCUGUCAGGGAAUUUGCAAAAGAAAUUGAUAUCUCCUGUGUCAAAAUUGAGCAGGUGAUUGGGGCAGGGGAGUUUGGUGAGGUGUGCAGUGGACAUCUCAAGCUUCCUGGCAAGCGGGAGAUUUUUGUGGCCAUCAAGACCCUGAAGUCUGGUUACACGGAGAAGCAGAGACGGGACUUCCUGAGCGAGGCCAGCAUCAUGGGGCAGUUUGACCACCCCAACGUCAUCCACCUGGAGGGGGUGGUGACCAAGAGCUCACCAGUCAUGAUCAUUACUGAGUUCAUGGAGAAUGGCUCGCUGGACUCCUUCUUGCGGCAAAACGACGGGCAGUUCACGGUGAUCCAGCUGGUGGGAAUGCUGCGCGGCAUCGCGGCCGGCAUGAAGUACCUGGCUGACAUGAACUACGUGCACCGGGACCUGGCUGCCCGCAACAUCCUGGUGAACAGCAACCUGGUCUGCAAGGUCUCGGACUUCGGCCUCUCCAGGUUUCUGGAGGAUGACACGUCUGAUCCCACCUACACCAGUGCCCUGGGGGGGAAGAUCCCCAUCAGGUGGACAGCACCCGAGGCGAUCCAGUACAGGAAGUUCACCUCGGCCAGCGACGUCUGGAGCUACGGGAUCGUCAUGUGGGAGGUGAUGUCGUACGGAGAGCGGCCCUACUGGGACAUGACCAACCAGGAUGUGAUCAAUGCUAUCGAGCAGGACUAUCGGCUGCCACCACCCAUGGACUGUCCCAACGCCCUGCACCAGCUCAUGCUGGACUGUUGGCAGAAGGAUCGAAACCACAGGCCCAAAUUUGGGCAAAUUGUCAACACCUUAGAUAAAAUGAUCCGAAACCCAAACAGCCUGAAAGCCAUGGCACCUCUCUCCUCUGGGAUGAACCUCCCCCUGCUCGACCGCACGAUCCCGGAUUAUACCAGCUUCAACACUGUGGAUGAAUGGCUGGAUGCCAUCAAGAUGAGCCAGUACAAGGAGAGUUUUGCCAGUGCUGGCUUCACCACCUUUGAUGUAGUAUCUCAGAUGACUGUAGAGGACAUUCUACGAGUCGGGGUCACUUUAGCAGGACACCAGAAGAAAAUUCUCAACAGUAUCCAGGUGAUGAGAGCACAGAUGAACCAAAUUCAGUCUGUGGAGGUUUGAUAGUUGCGUGUCCUCCCACUCCUCUUCCUUGAGGCCGUGCUCCCCUCUGCCCCUGUCUGUCCAAGCUCCAGUUCUUGAGUGUUCUGCAUGGACCAGAGACAAGCAGCUGCUCUGAGGAUCAUGGCAACAGGAAGAAAUGCCCUAGCAUCAGUAAUGAGAGGUCACCAAGAGCUUCUAGAAUUUAAGCAAUGGGAAAAGGGAACAAAAAAAAAAAAAAGACAAACUAUUUUGGAACAAACAAACGAACUAUGAAAUAUUUUUAAAUAAUAAUAAAGCAAUUGCAUCCUUGAAAAGGGCUCCAAGACCAAUGGGAGUCUCCAAAGGAAGAGAAAAGAGCAGCUUCAUCCAUUUCCUCUUGCACAAGGCUGCUGCAGCUGGGCCCAGACACCUCUGGAGCAAAUGAGGCUUUUUCAAGGAGAUGAAUGCAAAAAAGGUCACAAGAAGCACUUACCAUUCUCAGGUGGGAUGGUGGCUCUGGGGAUGUCCUGCAGCCAAGCUGUCCUUCCAGAGAGCCCCUGUCAGCAAAUCCAAGGGGAGAGAGAGCUGAAGCUCUUUGGUGCUGUGGAGCCACGUGCAUCUCAGAAGCUGAUGGACUUCUUCAAAACUGAAGACUUUUUUUUUUUAAAAAACAAACAAACAGAGACUAGAAGAGGCUGUUUCUGACAAAUGAGAAGGAAUCUGUAAUGCUUGGGGGGUGGGGAUGGGGAAGAACCAAUCCUUUUUACAUCUUUUCUCUGGUCAUGGAACAGUUUUGUGAGUGACAGUUUCCUAAGGGUCCGUCCAUCCACCCUCCAGUGGCAUCAUUGUCUCAUACAUAUCACAUGCACAAGACUUUUAGUGAUGUCCUCACUAGAUGCCAAUGAUCUUUUCCCAGAAGACUUCCCAAGUACAGUAUGUAGUAGUUUUUGAUUACAAAUGCUGACGUGGACCUUUAUUUUUCAGUUGUCAUUGUUGGGAGAUUUGUCCUUUUUACCUUGUUUUGUUACCACCACUUUGGGAGUUUGGGGUUGGAAAUUUUGGGUUGGUUGGGGUUUUGUUGGGGUUUUUGUUUGUUUGGUUGUUUUUUUAAUGACAAAGAAAUUACACCUCCAAGCAUCAUAUCAUUCAAGAACUUAAAUCCCUUCCCUGUGGAAGGCAAAACUGCAGCUUAUUGACAAUAUGCCAGGAGAAAAAAAUUUUUAUAUGCA